AUGGCAUUUUCACAGUUUCGAAUAUUAUUUAAAAAAAAUUUUCUUCUUCGUCGUCGACAACCGGUACUUUUUCUUUUUGAACUUGUAUGGCCUUUAUUACUUUUUUGUAUUGUUGCUAUUGUCCGAAAAACUUCACCUACUCAAAAUCGACCAGCAUGUUAUUAUAAUCCCAUGCCAUUACCUAAUAGUGGUACAAUCGGUUUUCUUCAAAGUUUUUUGUGCAAUACAAAUGUUAGUUGUCGUUUAAAGCCCUUCGAUGUUCAAACAUCGUCGUUAAGAAAUUAUUUUCCAUCUGUUUAUGAUGGAAUACUUGGUUUAACAGACACAGAAGGUGUAAAUACUCUUUUAUAUAAUUUACCUAAUUUAACACGUAGUGUUGAUCAUAUAAAUAAUGCAUUCAAUGAUACAUUUUUACAAAAAAUCUUAGAUGGAAAAUUUUAUAUGUAUGAUUUAUUUAAUAAUACAAAUGAAUUUAAAAAUGAUUUAUUAUUGACUGGAAUGCCAAAUGAUUCAAUUGAUCAUUUUUUAAAUGGUUCAUUUAAUUUAACAGAAAUUUAUGAAACAUUUAAUAAAACAAUUAAUAUAGAACCAUUUUGUCGAAAUCAUUUUCUUAAUCAUUUUCUUACUGUUGAUAAUUCAACGAAUCCUGAUAUUGUUAUUCAAGCAUUAUGUCAAUUAAAUAUUAGAAAUCUUACAAUGGAUAUUAGUACAUUUAUUAAUCAACUUAAUUAUGAUACAAUUAAUCAAUAUUUUGGUAAUAUUUCUCAACUGAUAAAUGGACAAGAACUUAGAGAUAAAAUUCAACAAUUAAAAAGCCUUGAAAAUAUUAUAAAACAAUUAAGUACAUAUGCAGACUUAUUAAAAAAUAUGCCAAAUAUGACAGAAAUAGCACGAAUUAUUCCACGUUUAAUACAAAUUGUUGAACUUGUACAAAAUCAACGAGAUUUAAUACAACUGAUUCAUUUACCUUUAUUUUCUAAAGGGCGAUUAGAAUCACCAGGCGAUCUUAACACUAUUUUUUGUAAUCAAAACGAAAUUAAAAAUUAUGUUAUUUCAUUUCAUGAUCCAAUUAAUAUAUUACAAUGGAGUUUAUGUGUUUCGGAAUCAUUAUAUAUUCAAGGUUAUCAAGAAUUUAUUAAUCAAUACGGUGGACCUCUUCAAUUGAAAAAAUUUAAUGGUUUCAAUAUUGAACGUCUCAUUAAUGAAAUGCCAAUGAUUAGAGGUGAUUUUGAAUUAUUAAGUAAUGAAAACCAAUGGUUAAUGGCACUUAUUGAUGGAAUCAGUAAACAAGACUUAUCACCAAAAGAAAUUUAUACAUUAUUUAUGAAUUUUACAACUUAUCUUCCACAAUUUCAAAGAUUAAAAUCAAAUGUUUCACAUCUUGUUGAAAAAUAUUUUUGGGCCUUACCAGAUGAAUCAAUGCAAUAUAUGAUUUUAUCUAUUGUUGAUGGUCUUGAAAUAAUAAAUAAUUUGAGUAUUGUAUUACAAGAUAGCUUAAAAGGAUUACCUGCAAAAGAUGUAUUUCAAAAUUUUACAUUUAUUACUGAUAAAUUAAUGCGAGAUUAUGGUUUUUCUAAUUCAACAAUUGAACUUUUUAAACGAUCUCGUUUAUUUAAAGAUCCAACAAUUUUAUUUAAUCUAUAUUCUGACUAUCAACAAACCGUGUGUGAUGUUAAUUUAUUAAAUACAACAAUUUAUAAAGUUUGGCCUUAUUUACAAUUUAAUGCAAAUAUGAGUAUAGAAAAAUUAUCAAAAUAUGCAUGUGAUAUGUCAUUAGAAAAUCAAAGCAAAGUUAUUAAUAUAAUAUUUAAACACUUUCUGGUACCAGAGAAACUUCAAAUGUUUUAUAAACGUGGCGGACGUCAUAUUGUUAAUUUAUUUAAUAUGGAUGAAAAAGAACUUGAUGUUUUUAAACAAGUUGGUCCUAUUAUAAGUGAUGUUAAUGAACUAUUAAAACGUGUUAAAAGAUUAAAUCAACAAAUUGAUACAUCAGAAAAUCAAGAUCAAUUUUCAAAAAUAACAAAUAUAUUUUGUGCUGAAGUUGAUAAACCAUCGAAUCCACAAAGACAAGUUGCUGAUGAAGAAACUAUCUUUGAACAACUUAAAGAUGCAUUAAAAAGAACAAAUCAAUCGGAAUCAUCGCGUCAACAAACUUCAGAAUCAAUUGAUGAAGAAGAUGGUGUUGAUUGUUCAGAUAUACGAAGAAGUAUUGAACAAAGUAGUGAUGUUGGAUAUAUUGUUUGGCCAUUGAUUAAACCAUUACUUCUCGGAAAAAUUUUAUAUGCGCCUGCAACACCAGUUUCUAAUGCAAUUAUUGCAAAGGUCAACAAAACAUUCGAAGAAUUGGAUAAAAUUCAUCAAUUUGCAAAAGCUUGGGUUAAGUCUCCACUUAAUUUAACAGCUGUAUUUGGUGAUCUACAAAAUACCAAUAAUAUUAAAAAAGUAUUAUCAAAUCAUUUAUUUCAAGAAUUAUUUAAUAAUAUAAUUGGAAUAAAUACAUUUGAUAUGGAAUCAAUAAUAUCAAUGUUAGAAAAUUUUAGUGGUGGAGCAAAUACAGAUGUUUUAAAAAAUAUUGAAAUGAUUAUGAAACAAUUUAGUGAUUAUUUACCAUGUAUUGAAUUAAAUCGUUUUGAAGCACUUCAAUCGGAAAGUGAACUUGUUGAACGAGCUAAAGAAUUACAUCGAAAUCGAAUGGUUAUUGCUGGAAUUGUUUUUUCAAAUUUAAAUAGUUCAAAUCCAAAUGCCAAUUUUCUUCCACCACAUAUUCAUAUUAAAAUUCGUAUGGAUGUUGAUAGUGUACGAACAACAGAACAAUUAACAAGUUGGUUAUUUUUUCCUGGCCCUGAAAAUGAUUAUUUUCGUGAAAUGCAUUAUCUACGAGGAUUUAUACAAUUACAAGAUUUAAUUGAACGUGCUGUUAUUGAUUUACAUUUUGAAGAUACUGAUAAAAUAUCAACAAAUCCUGUUGUUUAUAUGCAAUUAAUGCCUUAUCCAUGUUAUCGUGGUGAUCCUGGAAAAGAAUCAUCGUAUGUUAAUUAUUUUAUUUUACCAAUAUUGGGAACAUUGAUGUGGACAGCUACAUUGGGUGUAUCUAUAAAAAAUUUAAUGCGUGAACGUGAAAGAAAUGUGGAACAAACAAUGAAAAUUAUGGGUCUUAAUUCGACUGUAAAUUUUAUUUCUUGGUUAAUUACUUCCUAUAUACCAAUGAUUUUUGUAUCGAUUAUUGUUGCUGUUGUUCUUAAAUAUGGUGGAAUUUUUCCAGCAUCGGAACUUACUGUAACCAUAACACCAUUACUUACUCUUGCUCUGUCAGCAUUAAUGCUUGGGUAUUUAGUUAGUGCUUUUUUUACCAAAGCAAAUUUAGCUACAUUAUGCGGCAUAUUAAUCUAUUUUAUUUCCUAUCUUCCAUUUAUUCUUGUCAUGUUUCUCGAAGCUAAAAUGCAAUUAAUUCAUAAAAUAUUAAUUAAUUUAUCAAGUGCAACAGCAUUUGGUUAUUCAUCAAUAUAUUUAACACGUUUAGAAUAUCAAGGUGACGGUAUUCAAUGGAAUACAGUUUUUAAAAAUAUCUUUCCUAAUGAUCAAAUGAAUUUUGGUAUUGCUUGUGUAAUGAUGUUGGUAGAUUCAAUUAUUUAUGGUAUUAUUGGCAAUUAUAUUCGUUCGAUAUUACCGCAUAAAAAUGGUCGUAGAAAACCAUUUUGGUAUCCAUGUUUACCAUCAACAUGGUGUUUUUGUAAGAAAUCAAAUCGUUUCGAUGGACUUGAUUCAGGAUUUCGUAUUGAGCGUGAUCAUCAACCAAAUCCAUUUACUGCUCGAAUGAAACAAAUUGAUCCAAAUAAUGAGCAAGAACCAACAAAUUUACCAGUUGGUAUUUCAAUUGAAAAUUUAUCAAAACAAUUUGGUGAAAAUAAAAAAGCUGUUGAAAAUUUAUCAUUAAAACUUUAUGAAAAUCAAAUAACAGCUUUACUUGGACAUAAUGGUGCUGGAAAAACAACAACAAUUAGUGUUUUAACUGGAAUUUAUCCUCCAACAAAUGGUUCAGCAAGUAUUUAUGGACGAGAUAUAACAACAGACUAUGAAGAAAUAAGAAAAAAUGUUGGUUUAUGUCCACAAGAAGAUAUUUUAUUUGAUUUUAUGACUGUUCGAGAACAUUUACAAUUUUAUGGUCGUUUAAAAGGAAAUAUGAGUUCAAAAGAAUUAGAUCGAGAUAUAAAUGAACUUUUAAGUAGUAUGGGUUUAUGGACAUUUCAACAUGAACGUGUUUCAUCAUUAUCUGGUGGUGUAAGACGACGUGUUGCAGUUAGUAUUGCAUUUGUAGCUGGUUCAAGAACAGUUAUUCUCGAUGAACCAACAUCAGGUGUUGAUCCAUGUGCAAGAAGAAGUAUUUGGGAAGUUAUAUUUAAACAUAGAACUGGUAGAACUAUUCUAUUAACAACACAUUAUUUGGAUGAAGCUGAUACUUUAAGUGAUCGUAUUGCUAUUAUUCAUCAAGGUCGAUUAUUAUGUAGUGGUUCAUCAAUGUUUUUAAAGAAACGUUUUGGUAAAGGUUAUAGUUUAACAGUUGAUUUAAAACUUAGAGUACAAAAUAAAAUAAAAAUUAUUGAAAGUAAACAAUUCAAAGAUCUUAAUACAUUCAUAUUACAAGAAAUACCUGAUGCAACAAUACGUGAACAUAUUGGUACUGAAGUAACAUAUUCAUUUAAACAUGAACACCGACAUAAAUUUGCACGAUUAUUUAAACAAAUUGAAGUUAAUAAAGAACGAUUAACUAUUGGAAAUUAUGGUUUAUCAGAUACAACACUUGAAGAGGUUUUUCUAUGGGUAACAGAAUUAGCUGAUCAAGGCAAAAUGGAUGAUUUAAGUGAAAAUUCUACUGUACCAAAAAUUGUCAUUGAACAACCACCUAUUCCAUCAUCUCAUAGUGAUGAUAGUGGUCUCGGUGGUGAAUCAAAUGCAACAAUGGAUGCUAUAUCAAUGAUAAGUGGAAGUAGUGCACAAUUACCAACAAUAUCAAAUGUAACUUUAAAUCCUCCACCAAAAUAUGCUAAAAUUAAUGGUCGUAAAUUAUAUUUUCAUCAAUUUCAAACAUUAUUAUUAAAACGUUUUCAUCAUACAAAACGUAAUUGGAAAGUUUUUCUUUCACAUAUUUUUCUUCCAUUAAUAUUUGUUGCUAUGUCAAUGGGUUUUACACUAUUACGUCCAUCACAAACCUUUCAACGACCAUGGUUAUUAACACCAGCUAUGUAUGAUCAAUCAGCAAUGUUUGUUAAGUAA